AUGGCGGGUGACUACAUAUGGGCGGGAGCGGCGCGUAAACACGGCUCUGAGACGCGAUGCGUGAUACUCAUCGACUUUGUGAAUGCAAGCGAUGACAUGAUGGACAACAAAUCCGCGACCUUGAGCGUGUGGAAACCCAAGUACGCAGUCGAUGACAAGGGUGACACACUCCUCAGUGGCCGCACAGUGAACAAAAGGAUCUUCCGCAACGGAGACGGCACUGCUGGCAAGGGAGCCUUGCGUCUUUCGAUCCGCGAUAUUCUGCCUUCUCGUUUGUACGAGACCCUGUCGCCGUCUGCACAGGAGGAGCGCAUCAAGAUACCAUUCGCUGAGCUGUGCGGGUUCAUCGAACAGGGUGAAAAGAGACUGGCAAGAGCUGAGAGCAACGAUCUCGAGUGGGACCUCUCGCUCUUACGUCGUGGGGGAGCAGGAGUCAUUCAAAGAUAG